GCGGCUGCGGGGCACCCUCGGCCCAGCCCGCGCUCGCGCGUUGUCCCCGCAGCUGCCGAGACCUUGGCCUCGGCCGGGCGUGGGGGGCGCGGAUGGCGGGACGCAGGGGGCACACUGGCCCCUGACGAUCGCGGGUGUCCGUUUGCGGGGCGCCUCCCCACGCUCCCGGAACCCCAGGGACGGGAGCUGUGGUGAUGCCCACUUUGCAGAUGGAAAAGAGGCUCAGAGCUGCCCCUGGCCCGAGGUCCGUGGCCGGACUCAGCCGGGGCACCCUGCUCUCCGCUGCCAAGGGCCCCGAGUUCGGGCUCUUUCCGGCGGCGCACAGGCUCCAAGCUGGGAGGCGGGGUGGAGGAGGGUUUGCUCCUGGGCCGGUGCCGUUUGUAUCCCCUCUGCCUUCAGCCUGUUGCAGCAGCGUAGACGUUUGCACUGGCGUCCCUUCGUGACCGCCACCUCCCCUCAGAGCCCGGCUAGGGGUGACCGUGCCCUUUCCCGGAUAUUUAAAAUGUGGCAUACCCAGAUGUCAGGACUGCAGACCCACCGUGUGUCCACUUACCUGGCUGUGGGUGAUCCUUCCCAUCUUUAGGGGCUGAGGUCGGGGGCUGACCCAGGAGGCCCCCACUGGUGAGGAGCCCUGUGGCGUCUGCCUCCCUGCUUCCUUGAAGCAGGUACUGCUUGCACCGUUAUUGGAUGUACAUUACCCUUCGUCCUUCCCCUGCCCCUUUUCACUCCCAGAUAAGGCCUCCUACUUCAUGGAAGUGUGAAAGAAAAAUCCUCAUUUUAGACCAAGCUAUUCCUGCAACCCAGACUAAAGAACAGUAUCUUUGACCCCAGAGGAGGCUCGGAGCACCCUGGGCGGGGCUGGGAUGUGAGGGGUCCCAGCCUGCGGCCUCUGAGGGUUUUCCUCUCUGGAAAUGUCUCGUUAAGAUUUAACCUAGGACAUUCCUGCUCCGGCAGGCGAAGUUCAGUUUUUUGCUCUCCCCAGGGCCAGCGGCCCCCAGCUGUGAUGGGGGAGGUUUUUCUGGGAGAACCAGCUUGCUUCUCUCCAUGGGCAAGGCCUUGGGUUGGGAGGACAUUGCAGGCAUUGCUGGGGGGAGAGCUUGGGUUCAGUUCGCGUGGGUGCGCUGGUGCUGUGCACAUGGUAGAACUAACACACCAGGGGCCCCGGUGGCCUCGCACUGUGGGCCCCACAGGUCACCUCUUGGCGUUUAGUCCCUCCCCCGGGGGAGGAGCCUCCAGCUCACCUGUGGCUGAUCGGCCCCACCCCGCACAUCCCUCUGACCCCCUCAUCUCGCCGUGGUUUUCGUUUCCCCGGCUCCCAGGUGUGCACUCCUCCAGCAGGCCUUGGGGGAAGAUGGCAGCCCUGGGGGACAGUCAGGAGCCCCCUCAUGUCCUGUCCACUGUCACUUCCGAGUCACCGGAGACACCUGGAGCCUGCCACCACCACGAGGCCCAGCUUCACCUCCACGGCCAUCAACAUGGCUUCCCCGGCUGCAGCCCUGAGGUGCUCUCCCAGCCACCACAGGAGGAGGAUCUCCAGGACGUGGAGGAGGUCCAGGCUGGCAGAGACACCUGCUGGCCAGAUCCCGAGUUGGAGCGCGAGCGGGCCCCGUCGUCUCCCCAGCCGCACAAUCCUGAAGAUGAGGUGGACCAGGACACGGGGGUGCUCAGGACCCUUCUGAGGAGCCUUCCCCAUAGACCCAGGUGUGGGGACAGCUUGGGGCAGGAGUGCAGCCUGGAGCGGCCGUUAGGGAAGAGAGGCACCUGGCGUGGGCCGCUCGGGCUGCAGGGAGCCUCGGGGACAGAGGGCGGCCCGGGGCGCGCCGACGAGCUGGCGGGCAGCGUCGGCCGGGGCUCGGGCCUCGGGGCCCGGCAGAGCGGCCCGCGGGGCGGGAAGCCGCACAGGUGUGAGGCCUGCGGGAAGAGCUUCCCGUACAACUCGCUGCUGCUGAAGCACCAGCGCAUCCACACGGGCGAGAAGCCCUACGCCUGCCACGAGUGCGGCAAGCGCUUCCGCGGCUGGUCGGGCUUCAUCCAGCACCACCGCAUCCACACGGGCGAGAAGCCCUACGAGUGCGGCCAGUGCGGCCGCGCCUUCAGCCACAGCUCGCACUUCACGCAGCACCUGCGCAUCCACAACGGCGAGAAGCCGUACGAGUGCGGCGAGUGCGGCCAGGCCUUCAGCCAGAGCUCCAACCUGGUGCGGCACCAGCGGCUGCACACGGGCGAGAAGCCGUACGCCUGUAGCCAGUGCGGCAAGGCCUUCAUCUGGAGCUCGGUGCUCAUCGAGCACCAGCGCAUCCACACGGGCGAGAAGCCCUACGAGUGCCCCGACUGCGGCAAGGCCUUCCGCGGCCGCUCGCACUUCUUCCGGCACCUGCGGACCCACACGGGCGAGAAGCCCUUCGCCUGCGGCGCCUGCGGCAAAGCCUUCGGCCAGAGCUCCCAGCUCAUCCAGCACCAGAGGGUGCACUACCGGGAGUAGCGGGCGCGGGGCCGCGCGUCAGCAGCCUGAGGUCGAGGCGAGUUCCCGCGGAGGGCUCCUGCCUUCGCGCCUCCUGGCUGGCGCAGCCGGCAUCUCGUGCGUGUCCCGAAUAAAGUCUGUGUACUUGA